ACUAGGUUGUCAUGGCGGCUGUUCGGAAGCCGGUGCUGCUCGGGCUUAGAGACCUGGCAGUGCAAGGCAGCCCUACCGGGCCAAGUGCCUGGACUGCUAGCAAGCUGGGUGGCAUGCCGGAUGCCCUGCCUGCCGUGGCCGCGCCGAGGCCUGUGUGUGAACGCUGCAAGGAGCCACAAACUCUGGUCGUGCAGGUGUACUGCCCCUUGGAAGGCUCCCCAUUCCAUCGGCUACUGCACGUGUUCUCUUGCGUGCGCCCCAAGUGCGGCGACAGCGGGGCGCGCAGUUGGAAGGUGUUCCGCUCCCAGUGCCUGCAGGUGCACGAGAAAGAGGCACAGAUAUUCUUCCAGAAACAAGAAAAUGGCCUUGUCGCUGAGAACUGGUGUGAAGGUGCAAAUGACUGGGGAAGUGACAGUGAGGAGGCACCUCCACCACAGCUUACCUUGGAUUUUGUUCAUGAGUCUAACUCUGCCAAAGAUGUAGACUGCACUGCCCAGCUCCAAGACCUGCGCCUGCAGGACACUGUCCUGGAUGCCACUCAUUCUGUACCUCCAGCAGAAGGGAUGGCCUUGCCUACUAUAGUGCCACAGUUCCUGCCCUACUACAUCUGUGUUGUAGAUGAGGAUGAUUACAGAGACUUGGUCAGUCUAGAUCAUGCCCACAGCCUUCUGAGGGACUAUCAACAGAGAGAAGGAAUUGGCAUGGAACAGUUGCUUUCCCAAAGUUUUUUUAGUGAUGGUAAUGAAAAAUAUGAGAAGACCAAAAUUAAAAGCGGAGAUCAAAUGUUUUACAAAUUCAUGAAGAGAAUUGCUGCUUGUCAGGAGCAGAUUUUGAGGUAUUCCUGGAGUGGAGAGCCACUCUUUUUGACCUGCCCUACGUCAGAAAUCACUGAUAUCCCAGCCUGUAGCCACUGUGGAGGACAAAGAAUAUUUGAAUUUCAGCUUAUGCCAGCACUGAUCAGCAUGCUUCAAAGUGCUAAUUUAGGUCUUUCUGUGGAAUUUGGAACAAUUCUAGUUUACACAUGUGAGAAGAGUUGCUGGCCUCAAAAUCAUCAGACUCCCAUGGAAGAAUUUUGUAUUAUACAAGAAGACCCAGAUGAAUUACUGUUUAAGUAGAAAAUUCCCUUUUAUUUAUACAAAUUAAAACAAAUGUUA